AUGGGUGACUAUUUGGGCUUAGCACAGAGCAAGGUGAAGCCACGCAGCAUUGUGGACGGCUUCUCUAACCGGACAGCGACGAUAAAAAAGAGACCACCACGCCCGGCAGGACAUUCUACAAACUCGAGGCCCAUAUCGACCUCCUCGAUUGUGAUAGAUACCGCCGCGCAGUUUCGUUAUCUGCAGGAAGAACAUCGAUUGGUGUUGGAGAAGUGCAAAACGCUUGAAGACAGCUACUCCAUACUGCAAGCCGAGUACGAGAAAGUGAAAUCCGAAAACAAAAGGCUUCAGACUGCGUACGAAGAGCUUCAGGAAAAUUUCAACAACGCAACGGAGAAAAAUUUCAACGCUGGCAGAUUUUUGGUCUAUUUAAAACUAAAGCGCCGCACCGACAAAGAAACGCUGGAGAAGCGCAACAUCAUCAAGAAUGAAGCUUGCUUCAACACCUACCUGCAGGAUGUCGUUAUGCUGGACAAUCCCCGAAUACCGCGUAUUAUACACGAAUGCGUCACGGUGCUGGAAUCGAACGAUAAGUUCAUGAAGAGUCCCGGAGUCUACCGUGUGUCGGGUGAUCAUAACACGAUACAGAACUUGCGGUACGACAUCAAUGCGAACAAUUACAAAAGACUACGCAAACAAAAGUCGCCCCACGAGAUAUGCGGCAUACUGAAGUUGUUUCUGCGAGAGCUCAAGGAUCCUAUUAUAUCGCUGGAAGCAUGUGAAAAGUAUUUCCCGGAUGUGCUAGAACUGAAAAUUAACACACGGUCUAAAGUUGUACAGUUGAUCAACAGCUUAGACGCAGUAAGAAAGAAUACGCUCAAAGUUCUCAUAAAACACCUCCGGAAUGUUGCUGCUAUAGAGGAAAACGAAGUGGACAGUUUCAGCCUGGGGUUGCUGUUUAGCUCACUUAUCUUCAACGAAACACUGGCGGACGUGUGUCCGGUAAAGUUUCAAAAACUGACCGCCGUGCCGCGUGAAUGCCUAAUCAUCAUGAUGGAGGAUUAUGAGGCAAUUUUUGAAUAA